AUGAUUCUUGACACUGGAUAUGAGGGUCAUGGUUUGAUAACAUACCAAGUCGUUCGAGACAUCUUGGACAUGCGGCACGCAGUUACAGAAUACGAUGAUGCAAAAUCGCAUGAUGAAGAAUCUACGAACAAGAGUGCAUGUGUCUGUCUUAAUGGAGAGGAGCUUCGUGCAAUUGGCAAGAUUACUCUCCGGUGGAAGGGACGAGCCUUUCGAAAAGUCAUUAUCACCACCUUCCUCGUGAUCCCAGGGGAGAACCUGCUAUGGCAAAUUGUUCUAGGCAGCCCGGUCAUACGAGAUAAUGGCAUAUUGGUAACCGCGGGAUUUGGCGGUAUGCUACCCGUGCCUCAAAAGAAAACAGCAGAAGAGCGUGCUAAGGACAAGCAGCGGAGGAAAGAACACGAGGACGAAGUGGCCGCCAAUAACGCUAACGUCAUUGCUCAUAAGAAAGAGAAGGAGAAGCAGAAACAGAAGGAUGCUCGAAACGCAACAGACACAAAUUCAAGCGGUUCCAAGUCUCGAGGUUGA